AUGGAUAAUGCUCCCGCUCACCCACUAAGCUUGAAGGAUUAUAUCUUGCCUGAGUUCGACUUCAUUACUGUAAAGUUCCUUCCCCCUAAUACGACUCCUCUCAUUCAGCUCAUGGAUCAGCAGAUCAUAAGUAAUUUCAAGAAAUUUUACACUAAAGCAUUAUUCCAGAGGUGCUUUCAAGUAACCUCCGAGACAGAAUUAACCCUGAGAGAGUUCUCGAAAGAGCAUUUUAAUAUCGUAAAUUCCUUACCGCUCAUUGACAAAGCUUGGCAGGAAGUUUCCCAUAAAACAAUCAACUCCGCUUGGAGAAAUUUGUGGCCACAAGCAGUAACUGAAACGGACGUCGAACCUGUACCCUCUAUAAUAGAGGAUAUUGUUUCUCUAGCCAGAUCCAUGAAACUGGAUGUAUGUGAUGAUAAUGUAGAAGAAUUAGUGGAGGAACACAAUAAAGAACUGACCACUGAGGAGUUAGAGGAACUAGAGAAGGAAGAGCAUCAGACUAGAAUGGAUACACUCUUUUCAGACUCAGAGGAGGAAGAGACAGAGAAAGCUCCUUCUUCAUUAAUCAAAGAAAUUAUUGCAAAAUGGAUGGACGUGAAAAAUUUUUCAGAAAAAUACCACCCCAACAAAGUUCAAACAAAUCGCAAUAGCAUCGUUUGGGAAGACCAGACAAUGUCACACUUUAGAAACAUCCUGAGAAGAAAACAAAAUCAAAGUUCUUUCGACAAAUUUUUAAUAAAAGUCCAACCAGCUGAGCCUAGUGAAAAGAAACAAAAGACGGAAAAAUAA